GUGCUUUUGAAUCGUACAUUUCACCUUUUCAGUUCUUUCUCUAUUUUAUGAGGCAAGGGCAAAAUAGGAACUUCCAAAUAAAUUUAUUAUCUCUUAAUUCCUGUGCCGGUCAAAGUUUGCACCUCAAUUCGGGACGUAGAGAGUAUUUUUUUGUUUUGGAAAAUAAUUUGGCAACACAUUUUUUUGUUUUUCUUCCUCGAGUUUUCUAGCAAAUGUUUUUUGUAAACACAUUUUCCUAUUUUUCUUUUUCCAGUGUUCCGAAUCUUUGAAAAAAACUAAAAAAUAUCUAAACAUUCUCUUACCUUUUAAUUUUACGCGCCGAAUGGUGCAAUAUUCAAACCAAGUAAUGUUAAAAUACUUUUUCCAUAUACAUUGACUGAAGUCAUGUAGAAAAUCACUUGACUACACUUUCAUAUGACAUUUUCCUUAUUUUAUCAAUAAAAAAUAUUUUAAAUAUAAUUUAUUUAUAAGUCAAUAGAUAAUAGAUUCAAUUAAAUUAAACCUUUAUAAUUCCUUAUGGGAGCUGGGAAGAGAGGCUAGCUCCUUAAUUUGUAAACUAGGUUAUUAUUUUGAUAAACGUUUGCUUGAAAGCACAGCCAUCAUCGCCGGAUUCACAUCUGCCGACUUGAGCUGCAAGCCCGUUCGACGAGCCACUUCCCGCAGGGCACCUUAAAAUGAGAGAAUCACAGUACGGGAUGCCUCCCAGACAAAUCCCCCCGCACCCUGCUAUCCUGGAGGAUCAUCUUGCAGCCCAGCAUGCGGAGAUUCAACGGUUUCUGCUUGAUAAUCAAAGGUUUUCUGCAACUCAUGUGGCGCUCAAAGAGGAACUAGAAGUUACCCAAUUUGACCUUCAGCGCACAGAUCAAUAUGCCCGCGCCUUGUAUGAUGAAACCGGAAUGCAGAUAAGAGAACUUCAUGAAAAGUCCGCAAAGAUGGAGAUGGAUCUGCAAGCCGUUGAAGUUAUGAGGGUUGAGCUUAUGCGAGUACGUGCCGAUAUUAAAGGGUUAAAUGCUGAAAAACAAGGUCUUACAGCUGAGAUCCAGGGGAUGACCCAGGAUCUGACUAGGAUGAAUGAAGAUUUGCAAAAAACUCCAGCUAUAAAAGCAGAAAUUGAAAAUCUUAGACAGGAAUUGCAGCGAUCAAGAGCUGCCAUUGAGAAUGAGAAGAAGGGAUAUGCGGCAAACUAUGAGCAUGGUCAACUUAUGCAGAAGAACUUUCUCUCAAUGUCUCGAGAACUGGAAAAGCUACGUGCUGAGAUGGCAAAUGCAGAAAAGAAAGCUCGUGCUGCAGCGGCUGCAGCAGCCGCUGCUGCUGCAAAUCAAGCAGCUGCAGGUUAUGGCACAAACUAUGCUAAUCCAGAGACCUCAGGCUAUGCUGGGAAUUAUUAUCCUGCUGCUUAUGGCAUGAACCCCGUAAAUCCUGUGCAUCCUGCAAGUGGGAUGCCUCAAGCUGGAGCUGAAGGUUAUUCUCAAUAUGGAUCUGGACCAACUACCUGGGGUGGUUAUAAUAUGCCACAAGCUCAAGGACACAGAUAAACUAUUUCAACCUUGGUUGCAACCCUGUUUUGAUAAUACUGUGUUCUUGUAUGUACAUCACACUGGAACACAUAAUUUGGAUGCUAGAAACUUGUGAAGUUUAUAAUUUGGGGUACACUUUAUGUUGUACUUUGGUAGAAUUAAAUGCUUGUUUCGUGUAUAAUAAUGGCAAUUAGUUCCUAUUAUGGUUGCUCAG